CCAAACAAAGAGAUGGGGUCCCAGCUCUCAGCAGACGGGUCCCAGCUCUCAGCAGACGGGCUGCAUGUGGUCGUGGUGGGGGGGGGUUUUGGGGGAAUCGCAGCGUCGCAGCAGCUGAAGUCUCGAGGAUUUGAUUUCACUCUGAUCGACAUGAGAGACGCUUUCCAUCAUAAUGUUGCUGCGCUGCGGGCGUCUGUUCAGCCUGGCUUCGCUCAGAGAACCUUCAUCCGGUACGCCGAGACGUUCGGACCGCGGUUCGUUCAGGGCCGAGUGGAGCGGGUCGACACCGAGAGACAGACGGUGGUUCUGCAGGGAGGACGGGAGAUCCGGUACUCUCACCUCGUCCUCUGCACCGGUACCGACGGACCGUUCCCCGGGAAGUUCAACACCGAGGCCUCGGUCCAGACCGCGGUCCGGGCCUACGAGGACUUCGUCACACAGGUCCAGGCAGCAGGCUCGGUGCUGGUGGUCGGCGGCGGGUCGACCGGAGUGGAGAUGGCUGCUGAGAUCAAGACUGAGUAUCCAGACAAAAAGGUGGUUCUGAUCCAUUCUAAGACCGCUCUGGCUGAUCCUGAACUGCUGCCCAGCGUCAGACAGCAAGCCAAACAAGUUCUGCUGGAGAAAGGAGUAGAACUGCUGCUGGGUCAGAAGGUCGUGAACCUCUCAGAUCAUCAGAUGAACGUUUGCAGCAGUUCGUUGGUUCAAACUGAUAAAAACCAAACAGUGAAAACUGAUCUGAUCGUCUGCUGCACCGGCCUGCACGUCAACUCCUCCGCCUAUAGGUCCAGCUUCUCGGGCUCUCUGGCAGCUAACGGCGCUCUGAGGGUUAACGAGCAGCUGCAGGUCGACGGCUAUGCUAACGUGUUCGCGGUCGGCGACUGCGCUAACGUUAACGAGCCGAAGAUGGCGUACCAUGCUGAGCUGCACGCUGCCGUCGCCGUUAGCAACAUCGCCAACAGUCUGAGCGGGAAACCAUUAACGUCCUAUCACACAGGUAACGUCACCAUGUUGCUGGCGAUGGGCAGAGACGACGGCGUCGGGCAGUUCAACGGGCUGAAGUUGCCUCGUUGUGUCGUCGCUCUCGCAAAGAGUCGAGAUCUGUUACUGUGGAAGAGCUGGAGGCAGAUGCAACAGACACAGCCCUGAAAUACACACUGUACUACACACACACACACACACAGCCCUGAAAUACACACUGUACUACACACACACACACACAGCCCUGAAAUACACACUGUACUACACACACACACACACAGCCCUGAAAUACACACUGUACUACACACACACACACACACACAGCCCUGAAAUACACACUGUACUACACACACACACAGCCCUGAAAUACACA